GCCACCUGUCUGCCCAGCGUGUUGCACUGCAAGUUCAGCACAGUGGGAAGUCUGCAGGUCACUCUGUGGCCUCCUUUAUCGAGGAGCUGGUGGUGCGCAGGGAGCUGACUGACAACUUCUGCUUCUACAACAAGAAAUACGACAGCAUUGAGGGUGCAUAUGAGUGGGCUCAGAAGACCUUGAAGGAUCACGCCAAAGACAAGAGGCCCUAUCUCUACACACGUGAGCAGCUGGAGAAAGCAAAGACACAUGACAAACUGUGGAAUGGAGCUCAGUACCAGAUGGUCACUGAGGGGAAGAUGCAUGGUUUCCUGAGGAUGUACUGGGCCAAAAAGAUUUUGGAGUGGACUUCUUCACCAGAGGAAGCGCUCUCAAUCGCUCUGUACCUAAAUGAUCGCUAUGAGCUUGAUGGCCAGGACCCCAAUGGGUUUGUCGGUUGCAUGUGGUCUAUUUGUGGCGUCCACGACCAGGGCUGGGCAGAGAGACCCGUUUUUGGAAAAAUCCGCUACAUGAACUACAAAGGCUGCAUGCGGAAGUUUGACGUAGCCGGGUUUGAGCGAAAGUACUGUCCUAAAAACCUUUGAAGCGUAAGAUGUUUUGAAGGAUGGGAAUGAAAUGCCUGACAGCCUAUAUCUCCUACACCUUUACCUCAGGGAGAGUUUGUGCAGCCUCUCUUGCAGAGGAUGUUUUGUUCCUCACUGCCUGUUUUGUUUGGUGUAUUAAUACAUGGGCUGUGUCUUUUACUGGAUAUGUUAGUUUUUUAUACUCUCAAGACUGGUAGUUUACUGUACAGUGUGCUGUGUAAUUUAACAGAUUACAAUCUGUGGUGCCCACUUAGCAUACGGGCCCUUUGUUUUAUGCUACUUUUACAUUACAGUUUUUUUUUUUUACUGCUUUUUUUUAUGUUCACUGAAUUGAAUCCAGCACAAGUAAUGCUUUCUUUGCCAUUGGUGUUUUUAACAAAGGAUUCAAUUAAACACUUUGUCCUUUAAGAGAAUUUGACUCUUUUCUGUCUUUCAUA